GUGAGCUGGGUCAGCAAAAGCUUUACUACGAGUAUCAGCCGAAAGAGGAGAAAACAAAGGCCGCUCCGCCCGGCUACAAGGAAAAGAACUCCGAUUCCUAUAAACAAUGGGAGACUGGAGUUUCUUGGGGAAUAUUUUAGAAGAGGUGAAUGAACACUCCACCAUUAUCGGUAGGGUCUGGCUCACGGUCCUGUUCAUUUUCCGGAUCCUCAUUUUGGGAACUGCUGCUGAGUUCGUGUGGGGGGAUGAACAAUCUGAUUUUGUAUGCAACACUCAGCAGCCUGGUUGCGAAAAUGUCUGCUACGAUGAGGCUUUCCCUCUGUCCCACAUCAGACUCUGGGUCUUGCAAAUCAUCUUUGUCUCCACACCGUCCCUGGUGUAUGUGGGGCAUGCCGUGCACCAUGUGCGAAUGGAGGAGAAGAGAAAGGAACGGGAGGAAGCAGAAAUGAGUCGGCAGCAGGAACUGAAUGAAGAAAGGCUGCCCCUCGCUCCUGAUCAAGGGAGCAUCCGAACCACCAAGGAAACCAGUACCAAAGGGACAAAGAAAUUUCGCUUGGAGGGAACACUCCUGAGAACCUACAUCUGCCACAUUAUCUUCAAAACUAUUUUUGAGGUGGGCUUUGUGGUGGGCCAAUAUUUCCUGUAUGGUUUUAGGAUCCUUCCCCUGUAUCGUUGCAGUCGUUGGCCUUGCCCGAACACCGUAGACUGUUUUGUCUCCAGGCCUACUGAGAAAACUGUAUUUAUUAUGUUCAUGUUAGCGGUGGCUGCAGUAUCGCUCUUUCUAAACGUUGUGGAGAUAAGUCACCUGGGCUGGAAAAAGAUUCACCUGGCCUUCCGGAGAAAUGCAGAUCAUCAAACAAAUCAGUUUCUUGGAGAAGUUUCUCAGAAGCCCCUGCACUCCAUUUCAAUCUCUUCGGUUCCAAAAUGUAAAGGCUACAAACUACUGGAAGAAGAAAAGGUUGUCUCCCAUUUCUACCCAAUGACUGAGGUUGGAUUAGAAGCUAGCCCGCUUCCGACUCACUAUAAUAAUUAUGAGAAAAGCAGCACAGGCCUCCUAGAAGACAUCUCGAAAGCCUAUGAUGAAACUCUGCCAUCGUAUCAUCAAGCUGAAGAGCAAGAGGUGGUGAAAGUGCAAGUUACUGAGACCUUAGAACAAGCACCUUCUGAGCGUGCCCCUUCAGUGAGGUCCCCUUCGGUGCGUGCCCCCUCUGACAAUGCAAACUCUGAAAGAGCACCUUCUGAGCGAGCAAUCUCAGAACGGGCCAUUUCUCGCGCCGCCUCUGAGCAUGCGCCUUCUGACCAUGCACCCUCAGAGCGAGCUCCAUCCCGAGCAGCUUCUGAGCAUGCUCCUUCUGAGCGUGCAAACUCAGAGCGACUGCCAUCUAGGGCAACAUCUGAACAUGCUCCAUUUGAGCAUACACCCUCAGAAAGGGCACUAUCCCGAGCAGCUUCUGAUCAUGCCCCUUUUGAGUGUGCACCCUCAGAUCGAGCUCCCUCUCGGGCUGCUUCAGAUUGUGCCCCUUCGGAGCUUGCUGCCUCUGAGCAAACACCUUCUCGAGCAACCUCGAUUAAUGCUCAACUAGAUAACUCAGCCCUUGAAUCCCCUCUAGAAACCAUACCACCUGCAGAAGCUUUAGAGCAAGUAUUAGAUGGAAAAAAAAACAAAAAUUCUGACCAGGCCCCAGAUGAACGUGCACCCUCAUGGUCUCUUUCAGACCAUGAAGCAUCUGAACACAUCCCUUCAGAACAAGGGUUCCCUGAGCCGUUGUCUGAGUAUGAAGCAGAACCUCCGGCCUCUGAGCUGCAUUUACUAAGUCCUGAGUUACUUUCUGAAACCAGAUCCCUCAGUAGGAUAAGUAAAGUAAGCAGCCGAGCCCGCUCAGAUGACUUAACAAUAUGA